AUGGCGAAGAUCGCCACAAACACGAACCAUGUCAUUGUCAAGACCUCGCUCUGCCUCCUCCCUCCUCUCCUGCUCGCCGUCGUCUUCUACCUCCACUUUCAAACACAGCUCAGCAUGUUCUCCCCCGUCUGCCGGUGCGCCGGCCAGCCUGCGGCCGUCCCCGGCGCAGUCGUCGACCGCCUCCGCGCGUCGGCCACCUUCCUCCCUCUCAAGGACACGCGCCAAGGCGCGGAGACAUGGUUCAUCAGCACCCUCAACGCCACCGCCGAGCCGGAGGCCGAGGCCAGGAACCUGGUCUUCCCUUCGCCGGCGUCGGCAGGCCGGCUCCUCUGCCUGGCGGCCCCCUCCCGCCGCGACGGCGCCAAGAAUGCGUACGCGUUCGCGUGGCGCGACGCGCUGCCCCGCGGCGCGGUGCUCCUGCCGGGUCUGGCGUUCGUGUCCGAGACGGCCUACGACCACACCAACAUCUGGCACGGGCUGACGGCGCUGGUCCCGUUCGCGUCGUGGCACGCGCGGAGCGGGUGCCGGGCGCGGCCGGUGAGGUGGGCGCUGUUCCACCAGGGCGAGGUGAGGACGGAGAUGAGCGGGUGGCUGGCGACGCUGGAGGAGGCGGCGACGGGCGCCGCGGUCGCCAUCGAGACGUUCGACGCGCCCGGGGAGGCGUGCUUCGAGGAGGCGGUGGUGUUCCGGGCGAACGUGGCGGGCAUGAACAAGGAGCGGAUGCUCCGAGCGGCGGACUUCAUGCGGUGCAAGGCCAGGGCCUACUGCGGCGUGGACGCGUCUUCGUCGUCGAAAGCCGGAGGCAGCGGCGAGGGCGAGGGCGACGCUUCCGCUGCCCUGCGCGUCACGCUUCUGUUCCGCGCGGGCGCGCGGGCGUUCAAGGACGAGGCGGCCGUGACGCGCGUGUUCGAGGAGUGCAGGCGCGUGGGCGGGUGCGCCGUCGCCGCCGCGCACGCCAACAACUUAACGUUCUGCGAACAGGUGAGGUUGCUGAGCUCGACGGACGUGCUGAUCUCGGCGCACGGGGCGCAGAUGACCAACAUGCUGUUCAUGGACCGAAACAGCAGCGUCAUGGAGUUCUACCCGCUGGGGUGGAAGCAGAGGGCGGGGGGAGGCCAGUACGUGUACCGGUGGAUGGCGGACUGGACGGGGAUGCGGCACGAGGGUUCGUGGUGGGAACCCGUGGGCGAGCCGUGCCCCGACAACCCCGACAUCCUAGACUGUUGGAAGGAAAGGCAGAUCGGGCACAACGAGACCUACUUCGCGGAGUGGGCGGCCAGAGUCUUCGCCGCGGCCAAGGAGCGCAAGGCUAGGAGUGCCGCCGCCGAGGCGUCGUCCGGUGACCAGCGCCGGUGA